UGUAGUCUUGUUCGCUGCCCCUUUUUUUUCCUUCCCUGCAAACUUUUUUUUUUCCAUGGCGCUGGCCGCAUCUAACAAGUUCUGAGUUUCAGACUUCGGAAGCGAGAAGAGAGGGAGGGAAGGAAAUUGCAGGAGCCGGAGAAGGAACAAAAUCCAAGGGUUGUCUCGGUUUUUAGGUUUUUUUAAAAGAAAAGUUUGCAACUGCGAAAGGUUGCGGGCUUUUAACAUUUUUUAUAGCCUUUUGCUAUUUUUUUUUCCUCAGAAUUUCAAAAUGCAUUGGUUUACUAAAGUUUUAACUAUAUUGACUUGCUUGGCUACGUGCAGCAACGGUGCAAUGGAUGAAUGUACUGACGACUUGAACCGUCCCCAGCGCUGUAUGCCGGAGUUUGUUAAUGCAGCUUUCAAUGUUACUGUUGUGGCCACCAACACUUGCGGUUCUCCACCCGAAGAAUACUGCGUGCAAACCGGGGUGACGGGAGUCACCAAGUCCUGCCAUAUCUGCGAUGCCAGGGACCCCAGGGUAUAUCACGGCGCUGUCUACCUCACCGACUACAACAACCAGGCGGACACUACCUGGUGGCAAAGCCAGACAAUGUUAGCUGGCAUCCAGUAUCCCAACACAAUUAACCUAACCCUUCAUCUUGGCAAAUCUUUUGACAUCACUUAUGUGAGACUGAAGUUCCAUACCAGCCGGCCAGAGAGCUUUGCCAUAUACAAGCGUACCAGUGAGGACGGGCCCUGGGUACCUUACCAGUAUUACAGCAGCUCCUGCGAGAAGACUUACCAGAAGCAGAAUCGUGGGUUCAUCAGGACUGGGGAGGAUGAGCAGCAGGCGCUGUGCACGGACGAGUUCAGCGACAUAUCCCCCCUGACUGGGGGCAACGUGGCCUUCUCCACCCUCGAGGGCCGGCCCAGCGCCUACAACUUCGACAACAGCCCUGUCCUGCAGGAAUGGGUGACAGCUACUGACAUCCGGGUGACCUUGAACAGGCUCAACACCUUUGGAGAUGAAGUUUUCAAUGAUCCCAAAGUCCUCAAAUCAUACUACUAUGCCAUCUCUGACUUUGCUGUUGGUGGCAGGUGUAAAUGCAACGGGCACGCAAGCGAGUGCAUAAAGAACGUCAAUGGAAGAUUAGUGUGUAACUGCAAGCACAACACCGAGGGAGACGACUGCAGUGUCUGCAAAGGCUUCUACAACGACCGGCCCUGGAGGAGAGCCACAGCUGAAAACCCCAACGAGUGCUUGCCUUGCAACUGUAAUGGCAAGUCUUCAGAGUGUUACUUCGAUCCCGAGCUGUAUCGUGCCACGGGGCACGGCGGGCAUUGCCGGGGCUGUGCCGAUAACACCGACGGGCCCAACUGCGAGCGUUGCCGUGACAACUACUACAGACAGAGGCCCAGUGACCGCUGCCUGCCCUGCAGCUGCAAUGCGGUUGGGUCUUUGAGCACUCAGUGCGAUAACAGCGGCCGCUGCAGCUGCAAGCCAGGUGUGAUGGGAGACAAGUGCGACCGCUGUCAGCCAGGCUACCACACGCUCACAGAGGCGGGCUGCAGGCCGUGCUCGUGUCACUCAGCAGGGAGCACACAGGAAUGUGACAUUCAGACGGGUCGCUGCCAGUGCAAAGAAAAUGUGGAGGGGUUCAGUUGUGACAGGUGCAAGCUGGGAUAUUUUAACCUUGACCCUCUGAACCCUCGGGGAUGUACCGCCUGCUUCUGUUUCCAGCACUCCUCUGUGUGCGACAGCGCUGAUGGCUACAGCCUGCACACCAUCACUUCCACCUUCAGCAGGGAUGAUGAAGGCUGGACCGGACAGCAGCGUGAAGGCUCAAGUGUCAAAGUUCAGUGGUUGCCUAGCCAACAGGAGAUCUCCCUGAUUUCAGAAGAUUACUUCCCUAUCUACUUUGUUGCUCCAGAGCAGUUCCUUGGCAACCAGUUUCUGAGCUAUGGGCAGAACAUCUCCCUGAGUUUCCGGGUGGAUCGCCGUGACACCCGCCUGUCGGCUGAGGAUAUAGUGCUGGAGGGGGCAGGCUUGCGGGUAGCGGUGCCACUGAUCGCACAGGGCAAUGCCUACCCCAGUGAGAACAAGCAGACCUACGUGUUCAGGCUGCAUGAUGCAACAGAUUAUCCCUGGAGGCCGAGCCUCAGUCACUCCGAAUUUCAGAAGUUACUUUACAAUCUGACUUCCAUUAAGAUCCGGGGUACUUACAGUGAGAGAAGUGCUGGCUAUCUGGAUGACGUUACCUUGGUGACGGCCCGCCGUGGGCCGGGCACUCCUGCCCUGUGGGUGGAGAGGUGCACCUGCCCACAGGGCUACCAGGGGCAGUUCUGUGAGGCGUGUGCCCCCGGAUACAGGAGAUCAAGGCCGAGUCUGGGGCCCUUCAGCAGCUGCGAGCCCUGCAGCUGUAAUGGCCACAGUGAGACCUGCGACCCCGAGACUGGGGUUUGUGACUGCAGAGAUAACACAGCAGGCCCGAACUGUGAGCGGUGUGAGGAUGGUUACUAUGGAGACUCGUCCAGUGGCACCACGUCGGACUGCAAGCCUUGCCCCUGUCCAGCGGGUUCCACCUGUGCUGUUGUGCCAGUGACCAAAGAGGUGGUCUGUACCAACUGCCCUUCUGGCACUACGGGCAAGCGCUGUGAGCUGUGCGACGACGGCUACUUCGGGGAUCCCCUGGGGCAGAACGGGGCUGUUCGGUCGUGCAAUCCGUGUCAGUGCAAUGACAACAUUGACCCCAACGCUGUGGGCAACUGUGACCGGGAGACUGGAGAGUGCCUGAAAUGCAUCUAUAACACCGAUGGGUUCUUCUGUGACCGAUGCAAAGAGGGCUUCUUUGGCAACCCCCUGGCUGCCAACCCCGCGGAUAAGUGCAAGCCCUGCUCCUGCUCUCCCUACGGUACAGUGGACAGACAGACCACCUGCUCGCCGGUCACAGGGCAGUGCCAGUGUUUGCCGCAUGUCAUCAACCGGGACUGCAGUGCCUGUGAGCCUGGAUACUACAAUCUGCUGAGCGGCCAGGGCUGCAAACGGUGUGACUGCAACCCAGUGGGCUCCACAAAUGGUCAGUGUGAUAUCAACACUGGUCAGUGCGAGUGUCAUCCCGGGGUCACUGGUCGGCAGUGUGAGCGCUGCGAAGUCAACUUCUUCGGCUUUGGAUCAGAUGGUUGCAAACCUUGCGACUGUGACCCUUAUGGCUCCCGGACUGCACAGUGUAUGGAGGAUGGCAGGUGUGAGUGCAGAGAAGGCUUUGUGGGAAUGCACUGUGAAAUGUGUGAGGAGAACUACUUCAGAAACAGCUCAAGGCCUGGCUGUCAGGAGUGUCCAUCCUGCUACUCAUUAGUGAAAGAUAAGGUGAACCAGCAGAGACGAAAACUGCAGGAGCUAGAGACCUUGAUCGAGAACCUAGGAUCCAGUCAGGAAGCUGUGAGUGACAAGGCCUUUGAAGACCGACUGAAAGAGGCAGAGAAAGCCAUCAUGGACCUCCUGCAAGAAGCACAAGCCAGCAAAGAUGUUGAUCAAGGACUGCUUGACCGCUUGGGUGACAUCAAUAACACAUUGAGCACUCAAUGGAAUCGACUUCAGAAUAUCAGAAAAACUGUGGACAAUACUGGAGAGCUGGCAGACAAGUCCCGUACUCGAGUCCGGGAUACAGAAAAGCUGAUAGAGACUGCCAGGCAGGAGCUAGAGAAAGCUAAAGAUGCUAUCAAUAAAGUGGACAUCAAACCUCCCACUUCAACUGGAGAUCCAAAUAAUAUGACCCUUUUAGCUGAGGAAGCUCGGAAGCUGGCAGAGAAGCACAAAAUGGACGCAGAUCAAAUUGAGAAGAUUGCCAAGGAAGCUAAUGACACCUCCACAGAAGCUUAUAACCUGCUUCGUAAGACACUGGACAGCGAGAACAAAAUUAACAGGGAUAUUGAUGAACUCAAUAGAAAGUAUAAUGAAGCCAAGGACCUAGCUAAAAACCUUGAGAAACAAGCCAACAAAGUCCAUGCUGAAGCAGAAGAAGCCGGGAACAAGGCUUUGCAGAUUUAUGCGAACUUGACUAGCCUCCCACCCGUGGACACCAAAACUCUUGAAGAUGAAGCAAACAAGAUCAAGAAAGAGGCUUCAGACCUCGACAAACUCAUCGAUAAGACGGAGAAAGAGUAUAACGACCUGAGGGAUGACCUCAAGGGCAAGGAAGUGGAAGUCAGGAAGCUUCUAGAAAAAGGAAAAACGGAGCAGCAGACUGCAGACCAGCUGCUGGCCCGAGCUGACGCUGCUAAGGCACUGGCCGAGGAAGCUGCCAAGAAAGGGAGAGGCACAUACCAGGAAGCCCAAGACAUUCUCAACAACCUGAAAGACUUUGACAGGCGAGUGAAUGACAAUAAGACGGCGGCUGAAGACGCGAUGAAGAAGAUCCCGACCAUCAACGCCACCAUCCUUGCGGCCAACGAGAAGACAAAGCAGGCCGAGGGGGCUCUAGGGAAUGCUGCGGCAGAUGCCAGGGAGGCCAAAAACAAGGCGGAGGCGGCACAGAAUAUUGCCACUGAAGUCCAGAAGAAUGCUGCCAAGACCAGAGCAGAUGCUGAGAAAACGUUUGAGGAGACAAUGAAGGUGGACAAUGAGGUCAAUGACAUGAUGACCCAACUGGCUGAUGCAGAGGCGGAACUGGCUAAGAAGAAGGCAGAGGCUGACCAGGACAUGAUGAUGGCCAACAUGGCUUCAAAUGCGGCCCAGGAAGCGGAAGACAAUGCCCGAAAAGCAAAGAAUGCAGUCAAGAUGGUUCUGACCACCAUUAAUGACCUUCUUGGCCAGCUAGGUAACAUUACCAACGUGGACUUGAGCAAGUUGACAGACAUUGAUAACUCACUUAAAAAGGCCAAGAAUGACAUGAAAGACAGCGAUCUUGACCGAAAGCUCAGGGAGCUGAAUGAGGCGGCCAAGAGCCAAGAGGACAUGAUCAGCGAUUACGACCGGCAGAUCCAAGAGAUCAAGGCGGACAUUGCAAACCUUAACGACAUCAAGAACACAUUACCGGCUGGCUGCUUCAACACUCCCUCUAUAGAGAGGCCCUAACCCUGAGAGAGCAAUAGAAAAGUGGCUUGGAUUGCCUCCUUCACACUCCACCUAUCACCUGAAGUGACAAUGCCAUGUUUUACCAAAACGAUCUUUUUUUUUUCCUGAGAGAAAAAAUAAUCAACCCUUUGGAUAAACGCCAGGAUUAUUUUUUGAAAAAAAGACAAGAAAUGCAGCUUUUUAUUUUUUUGGGGGACGAGAUGCAGAACCUGAAAAAGAGCCACUUCAGUUCCUUGCAUCCAGCUCCUCUGGACACACCUACAGAGUAGCACCCACAUGACUGCACCUCACAAAGACUGUUUGCUUCUUUCUGGAGGAUGGCCAUGAUAACCAGCUAGCCCAAACUCAAAACUGUAAGCAGAGGGUAUACAGAAUUUCUCAAACAGACGAGAAGGUCUGUAUAAAUACAGUACCUCUUAUUUAUUUUUAUCCCAAAGUCUCUGGAAUAAAAUAAGCUAUAAAUUGUAGGUUUGCUUCCUCUUUUGCAGAGAGACUUUGAAACAUCUUGGAGUUUGUAUUGCAGUUAUUGGGCUUUAUUUUCAGGUAUUACCAGGUGCACCUUUCCUCUUUAUCCAUCUUAGUGUUACAUGUCACAAGUCUCCAGCUGUCAGUGAAGGAAUGCUCUUUCUGAUCUAUCCAAUAUACUGUCAUUCUAAUCACUCCUUGGGUAUGCCUGGCAUCACCAGCAUAAUUUUAGAUUCUUCCUCAUGAGCUCCAUGCAGUAUUUAAAGUAGCUUUCUAUACAACACACACAAAAAUGUAAAAAUCAAGUAGUCUUACUUUAACAAGAGUAAAACCAUUUACUUGGGAAGAGAGAAAAGACAAUCCCAUUUUAUUGUUUCAAGACCUGUACGAGCCAUGAAAUAUCUGUUAAGUGGGAUUUUAUUUUAUACAGUUAUUUUUUAUAACACUACAGAUUGUUGUUUUUUUCCUGAAGCUGCUGCUUUAUACAGGUGUACUGCAAACCAUGCAGAAAAUGUUAACAUUUUAUAAAGGCAAAAAUAAACUCGCUCUAUGCAACUUUGUACAUUAUGCAUAGCAAGACUUUACCUGAUACACUGGUGCUAUUAAUUAUUUCAAAUGUUAUAUUUUUGUGUGAAUGUUUUUUUUUAUUAUGAUCUAGGGUGAGAAAAUGUUUUUUUGUGUAAAUACAUGCUCAGAUGUUUCAGGACUGACUGUGAUUAAGAAACCCCACAACCUCCCUCAUGAGGUCUUUUCAUGACACAGCCCCAAGCACAUUGUACUAAAUAAAUAUUUUUUCUGUGGUAUAUAAUGCUUGCUUGUGUACAUGGCUCAGUUUUUGUCGCCUUGUAUAUGUAUAUAUCUAUUUUAAUCCCAGUAUUUCAUUGAGGGACAAAUUAACAAAAGGUGAGGAAGGAGUUUGAAUUGUGAAUUUCAUACGCUUCUCAUUUUUAUUUACAGAAUAAUGGCUUUUCUCUUAUAUUGGGCCUAAAUAAAAGUAUAAUGAUUAUUAUUAUUAUUAUUAUUAUUAUUAUUUCAGAGAAGAGCCUGGAAUUGCAAUUUACUUAAUAGCUCAUUAUAUGUUUAAAAUAAAAAUAUUCAAACCUUAAAGCUGCUAGGUAACUUUUAAUUAGUAUUGGUUGCAUGCAUUUUCAUUUGAUUCUAAUUACAACACAAUUUCUACUUGAUCUAAACCCUUCCCCACUUUUAAUCUGAAUUGCGAAAUUUAGUGGUUUCAAAAUCAGUUUUAAUUUAAAAAAAAACGAAGGCCUGCAAGUACAUGGCCUGUUUUUCCCUGCCACAAACUGCGUUUUCUUUGUGCUCGGUUCUUUACAUCUACAGUUAGCGCCUGAAACAAUCACUCCCUUUGGUUUGUUUUAUGAUUGAAAGGUAAAGGAUUUGGCUGUGCUAAGGCAGCACUAUCGGUUCAUUCUCUUCUGAAAGCAGGAAACACCUUCAACUUCUUUCUCAUACCCUGGGGUUGUGUGUUUAACAGAUAAUAUCUUUUAAAACUACACUGUUAAUUUUUUUAUCCCUGUAGGUAUUCAAAAUGUCUAAUAGAAGCCUGUUGCGUAGGGAAAAGAUUGCAGUCACAUCAGCAUAAUUUUAAUCAGACAUGAUGGGCUUUCUUUUCUAAUGCCUUUUGCCUUUUUGUCACACUGUUAAGGAAAGAUGUGCAACACUUAUACAGUUUUAUGUAUAAAACAGUAUUUCCUAUUUAUAAAGUCUUGAGUAUUUGUAAUCUUUUUUUUCUUAGAUACAGGGGUGUGUUGCACAGUCUUUUUGCUUUAGUCUGACUGUACAGGGCACUGUUAAUGCAUUUUGUUUUCUUCACAACACCUUUUCAGAUCACAGUGACAUUUCGAAAGGCCUGAUAAACUCUCUCUGUUCAUUACAUUUUUGCCUGUAAAUCAAAUUGUAACUUUUAAAUAAAUAAAAUGUGUUAUUACA